UAAUAUGAGGUCAGUAAGGGUAUGUGCGCGGGUUUAAGGGCGGUUAAGCCCGUGUCAUCACGCCGCACUACCUGACUUCCAGCAACUGCGAAGCGAUGCGCACGGAACGCAUCUAGGCCGAGAAUGCUAGACGUACCACUACAGGGUAGCAGUGGGUGUGCUAUGGAAUGGAUGCCGCCAAAUAUCACCGGAUGUGUCCACGGGGUAGUUCCGAGCUUUUGGCCUCAAAGACCUCGCUCAAUGACCUCCGGCCAUCACUGUCAACAUGCCAGUAGAUAUGCAGUACUUGUGCAUACGGGCGGCGAUACGCAUGCGUCUGGACCCGAAACGGCAUUAACGCAGAAAAGGUGGAGACGAACCAGAUGCAAUUGGGGAAACAAGGAACCAAUAGCCGCCUUACAAAGGCUUAGUCAGUGGCAGGUUUAUGAAAAGGAGUCGCGAGAGGCAGCGUCAGCUCCUGGCCGUGUGGGGGCCAAGUCCUCCAGUUCCAGCCCGGGUGGUGUUCCUGGUCCCUGGCCACGGACAUUAGUAAUGUUUCUUGAACAGCGUUUGGUGGCUUUCAAAAUAUAGGGUUCCCAUGGAUGGGUCGAAUGACCGAGAUACGUCGGCAACUUGCCAAAUUCGUGUCCGCCGAAUUAAAAGACAGCCCCAAACAUGGGAACAGGACCCUGGCUCAGCGCCACAGAACAAUAGCAGACAAUAAAUCCUUCACAACAA